CAGCCUCUGGAUCAUAGUGCCUGAAGAUAAGAUGCAACCUGGACGAGGUCUUGUUGGGAGGCUCUGGUUGUGCUGGAGACGUCAUGACACUACGUAUGAUGGCAGUGUCAGUAUCUACAGAUCUGUCGGUCACUGUUGCCGAUAACAUUGUUGAAGUCAAACUAACGGAGAGACAAACUCUGAUGAAGAGCAUCGAGAAAAACGAGUGCAAAGCCUUGGGGGUUUCUCAGGUGAUGCUGGGACUACUGAUAAUGUUGAACUCCAUUACACUGCUGUGUUCUGAGACUACUACAGAGGUGGUGGCAUUCGGAGUCCCCCUCUGGACUGGCCUUGUGUUUGUCACGGCAGGGAGUCUUGCAACAAUGAUUGAAAAACACACCAAUAGGAAAUAUAUCUGCUACUGUAUCAUCACAUCAGCAGUUGCCGUGGUAGCAGCAGUCCCCGCCCUCAUUAUUUACAUUGUUGACAUUGCCAGACACCCAGAAGAAGACUGUGUUCACACAGACACUCAUGACGACUGUUCACACCUGCAUUAUUCUAUGCUUUUCAGAAAGAGCCUAAAGACAACUCUGGCGAUGUACACCGUGGUCCAUGCUGUCAUCUCCUCCAUCGUCACCUACAAUUUGCAUGGAGCUCGGCGGCAGCUUGAUCAGUAUACGAGAAUCAACAAUUGAGUUAAGACAGAAGACCUGAAGUAAUGUCAAGAAAUCUGCUUGUUCUUGAUCAUUUGAUUUUUUUGUAAAUAUAUUCAAACAUUUUCUAUAGGUGUGUUUAAGCUCUGUCUUACUUCUUGUAAAUAGGCUCUUUUUUAAUUGAUGGAACUGCCAUUGAGUUCUUGGCAGGAUUUGGUACCUUGGACUUUGUUUGCAGAUGCUUGCUAUUCAUCAUAGUAAUGAAACUCACUUUGCAGAGUCAAUUAUGCACUCAAUUAUGUAUUCGGAGAUUACAUAUUUGAACACAAUAUGCUGUAUCUUUUCCAUGUAUAUGAAUAUAACAUGAAUAAAAGAUGUUUCUUUUUCU